AUGUCGAAUCCUCCAAAACCACCCCUAAUUCUACUUCUACUACUACUCAUCCUCACACAUCCCACCGCGGCCGAUCCCAUCGUCUCCUAUCUCCACUCGCUCCGAUCACAAUCCCCUUCCGGCAUCAUCCACCUCAACCAAACCCUAACCAACCUCAUCUUCAAACCCACCACCAGAUCCUUCCACCUCAUCAUCUUCUUCGACGCGCUUAAACUCCACAACCAACCCGAACCAAACCUCAAAUCAAUCAAAUCCGAAUUCACCCUUGUUUCAAAUUCCUUCCUCAUCAACAACCAAAACACCCCAUCUCUCCUCAAACUCUUCUUCUGCGACGUCGAACUCAGUGAAUCCAAACACAACUUCCUCCGAUUCGGUGUUCAAGCGUUACCAGACAUCCGCAUUGUGCCCGCUAACGCCAACGACUUAAAAUCCGAUUCAAUCCGCAUCCACAUUGGAGAUUUCUCCGGUUUAGCGGAAUCCAUCGCUGAAUCUAUUGAUCUGAAAACCGGCAUUUCAAUAGGCACAAUCCACCAUCCCCCUAUUUGUUCGAAAACACAAUUCGGGCUUAUAAUUGUGGGAUUAUUAAUAUGGCUUCCAUUCAUGACCAAAAGAAUAAUUACAAGUAAUACUAUGUUUCACAAUAAGCGGAUCUGGAUCUGUGGGACAAUGUUUGUGUAUUUUUUCAGUGUGUCUGGAUAUAUGUUUAUACUGAUUCGGAGAAUACCGUUGUUUGUUAUGGAUAAGAAUGAUCCGGAUGGUGUGAUGUUCUUUUACAAAGGGCGAGCGAUGCAGUUUGGGGCUGAGGGUUUGUGUGUUGGAUUUCUGUUCACGGUUGUUGGGUUGUUGUUGUCGUUGGUGACUCGAAUUGUUGUUCGGAUGAAGGAUUCGAUGAUGCAGAGAUUGGCGAUGGUUAGCGCGAUGGUUGUUUCGUUUUGGGCUGUGAAGCAAGUUGUGAGGUUGAAUCAUUGGAAAACUGGAUAUGCUAUUCAUACUUAUUUGCCUUCUAGUUGGUAUUAG